CAUGGACUAUCUGCAUUACUCAUAGGACGCUCUUCAACCUCAAAGAAAGGAAUUUUUGUUCUACCUGGAUGCAUUGAUGCAGAUUAUACAGGGCCAAUUGGAAUCAUGGUCAAGGUUUUUUCACCUCCUGUUUCUAUCCCUGCAGGAAUUGAGAGAUUUGGCAUCACAAGGACCAACAGAUACAGAUCCAUGCCCAAACUGCGGAAGUUUGUACUGUAAUGCCUAUGUAAAAUUUUAUUGUGGUUAUUGCAAAAGGGUUUUUAAACUGAAACGGCGACAACUGAGGUCCUGGGCAUGUCCCCGAUGUUUGCACACUAUAACCUUUCUAAACUCUAAUCUGUUUGCAUUAGCUACAGGAAAGGCCCAUCCCACUACGGAGGAGCUGCAUAGUUUGUUGGAUUGCUUUGAAUCUUUUGAACAGCUGUUUCUAGCUGAGCAACGAAUAACGGUACAAUUUUGGGUUGAUGUUAUCUGUAAGAUACAAGAGUCUCAUAUCUUAAAGCACUAUUGUACUGGGAGAUCAUGGCGUUACUUUUGGGAAUAGUCUUAAGCCUCAUGGUUAAUGGCUGUGCCAUUGAGGAUAUAAAUCCACGAGAAAACAUGUGGGUGACAUGGGCAAAUCAUUCUGGGGUUACUGAUUUUUGUUUGGCUCUGCAACAAGCAGGUGAUCCUUUUCGAACCUGCUUGAUUGGCUAUCCGUACAUACAUUGGCCAGAUUUCAAUUAUUUGGGAGUAAAUUACACUCGCAUUAAUCAAUCCUAUUGGGAAUGGAGAAAUAUUAACUCAGAUGGCGAAUGUAUCAAAUCAUGGGACUGGCCACUAGUGCAGAAUGCUUUUUUCCUUCACGGAUUAGUAGCAGCCCUUAAUGCAACUCUUUCUCAUCCCCCUGAGGAAUUAGACCUGUGGGGAUCGUUUCCUCCUAUCUCGAGUGAAUCAUGGCAGAACAUUACCACCCAUCCCAAUUGUAGCAACAUAGUCCCUCAAAUUUUGCCGGUAAACGGCUCUGGGACGAUAAAAUUUGGGGAAGAAUAUGCUCGUCGCUUAUGUGGUUCCAGUGACACUUGCUUGUAUACAGGCUAUUUUAACGUGUCCGGUAAUACUCAGCAUUGGAAUGUCUCACGAAAUGUGGGAGGUCGUGACUACAAUGUCACUACUUCUCGGCAACUUCCCUCAGGAUAUUUUCUCAUUUGUGGAGAUAGAGUUUGGCCUGGAAUACCUGCAAAAAUUGUGGGAGGACCAUGUUAUAUAGGUAAAUUAACCUUGUUUGCCCCGAGUAUGCGUCACAUAAUGACCAUUCAUAACCAAACACGCCGUGCGCAAAGAAGUUUGCAUGAUUUGAAGCCUGAUUGUAAUGAUAAUGUUAACAUUGGCACCCUUGGUGGUACAGUUGCUUUGGCUACUUUUCUUCCUGGAGGCGCAGUUGCAGCCAAUUGGAAGAAAAUUAGAACAUUAGCCUGUUGGGCAGUUAAGCAAUUUAAUUCUACUUCUGAUAUUCUUACAGGAUUAGCUACUGAUGUAGAAGACUUACGCCAUGCUGUAUUACAAAAUAGGGCCGCAAUUGAUUUUUUGUUAUUAGCUCAAGGACACGGAUGUACAGAGUUUGAAGGCAUGUGUUGCAUGAACCUGUCAGAUCACUCUGUGAGCAUUCAUAAGCAAUUAGAACAAUUACGGGAACGGAUACACCAUGUAAAGGAAGGUUCUAGUGCUUUUGAUGACUGGCUUUCUUCUCUGGGUAUUUCAGGAUGGCUGAAAGAUGUACUUCGGCAAGGAUUGACUGUGUUAGUGGUUGGUGUCCUUAUAUUGUUGCUUUUGCCUUGUUGUAUUACUUGUGCACGCAUUAGCAUAAACCGUAGCAUUAAUGCUGUUUUUAAGAAGAGAGGGGGAAGUGUUGGGGCCUUUGCAAUACUGAAUCAAUAUACAGAACUGUAAUGUUUAGCAAGGCCAUCAGCUGACAAGAUUGGUAAUACAAAGUUUAACAAGAAACAACAGGAUGUACCCUUGCGAAGGAGACGGAUGUAUCUUUCACACGAGAAGCUAAAAAGAGACCCUGGAAGCCAGCAUGAGAAUCGCAAGAGACAGUGUCAGCAAGAAAUGCAGAAGUUGGAAAGAAUGAACAAUGGGGACUGUAUUCAUUGUUCAUUAGCCAAUCCGUAUUCGACACACAGCUUUCUGAUAUGUAUUAAAGCACUGCUGUUAGGCACAAUAAACGAAUCAGACCGUUAA